AUGGAAAAAAGUGACGAGGAAUGGCGAGCUAUUCUCACACCUGAACAAUUUCGUGUCUUGCGUCAAAAAGGAACCGAGGCACCCGGGACAGGCGAAUAUAAUAAAUUUAAAGGAAAAGGUGUAUAUAACUGUGCGGCAUGUAACGCUCCACUAUACGUAUCUGAUACAAAAUUUGAUUCGGGUUGCGGUUGGCCAGCUUUCUUUGACGCAAUUCCAGGUGCUAUUAAACGAUACGAAGAUAGUUCACAUGGAAUGCGAAGGAUUGAAAUUACUUGCGCUAAUUGUGGUGGACAUUUAGGACAUGUUUUUAAGGGUGAAGGAUGGAAAUUCACAGAAGCAGAUGAACGACAUUGCGUAAAUAGCGUUAGUCUCACAUUCCAAGAAAAGGAUGAUAACAAACAAAUAGAGAGCACAUAA